UUUGUCCAUCAGCAUCAUCAUCUGUGGGGAAGGACGCUGCAGCCUGUUACUACUCUUCACCGACAGUGAGCAGUGGUUUCUCCGGCUCCACAGCGCCAACAAACACGCUUAAAGCCGUUUAAAAACAAUGACUGAAGAAGAUCCCAACAUGUCGACAGGGAGGAAAAUAGCGUUAAGUGAAAACACACUCUUUGGGAUGGGAAAUCCCUUGCUUGACAUUUCAGCUGUUGUGGACAAGGACUUCCUUGACAAGUACGGACUGAAGCCGAAUGACCAGAUCCUCGCUGAAGACAAACACAAGGCCUUGUUUGAAGAAAUUGUCAAGAGGAGCAAAGUUGAAUACCAUGCAGGUGGCUCUACCCAGAACUCAGUGAAAAUUGCCCAGUGGAUGAUCCAGAAACCCCACAAGGUGGCUACCUUCUUCGGGUGCAUCGGUGCCGACCACUUCGGGGAAAUCCUGAAGAAGAAGGCAGACGAAGCCAAUGUCGAUGCCCAUUACUAUGAACAAAACGAGGAGCCGACUGGAACCUGUGCAGCUUGUAUCACCGGGGACAAUAGGUCCCUUGUUGCUAACCUGGCGGCGGCAAACUGCUACAAAAAGGAAAAACACCUGGACUUGGACAGCAACUGGGAGCUGGUGAAGAAAGCCAAGGUCUAUUAUAUUGCGGGGUUUUUCCUGACGGUGUCCCCGGAGUCAAUCCUCAAAGUGGCGAAGCACGCUUCAGAUAACAACAAAAUCUUCUGCAUGAACCUCUCAGCACCUUUCAUCAGCCAGUUCUUUAAAGAGCCCUUGAUGAAGGUCAUGCCCUAUGUCGACAUCUUGUUUGGCAACGAGACGGAGGCGGCCACCUUUGCCAAAGAGCUGGGCUUUGAGACAGAUGACAUUGCAGAGAUUGCAAAGAAGACCCAAAACCUACCCAAGGAGAACACAAAGAGGCCGCGAGUGGUGGUCUUCACCCAGGGCAAGGACGACACUGUUGCAACUGUUGAGCAUAAAAGAAGUGUGGGGGAUGCAGAGAGCAGGCAUUGAUUUGUGAAGUACUUCUAACUUUAUCUUGGACAGACUCCAGGCCAGUCCUCAGCAAUUUUUAAUGCUUCAACUCUUACAUCCUGCCCCUUUUUUCCUGCAAAAUGCUGGCAGAGUGACCUUGGGGAGAGGUUGACAAUGUUGGUCCUCAAAUCAAUCCAAUUUUCUUUGAUGCAGGGGAUAUUUGUUAAUGAGACAUUAAAAGGCAGCGCCAUCAUAACUGAAGCGGGGUUACAGGUUUAAGCAAUGCGGGGAGAGAUGAUAGUUUCUGAUUACUGCUGGGAGACUUUGCCUUUGUUUGGAACCACAGGGUGUCUCUCCUUGUUGCCCUUGCAGUUCAGACUAGUCGUGCAUGGGGAGAGAUGGCCUCAGGUAAAGACUCCAUCAUAUCACUCAUCACUGGGGACUGCAGAGAAGCAGAACUGUUAGCACUGCGGGACACUGUCUUCACAUGUGUCCACUGUCCUCAAUUUCACACUGUUGGCAAGAAUCUUUGUGAGCUGAAGCUUUUACACUAUGUCACUGAUGGCAAUAUUAAUCAAUCAAUAAUUAAUUGUUUCUUUCCUGUAUUUUCCAUUGUAUUUUUCUAUUGUAGUGCUGCCAUUUUGGCCAGGACUCUCAAGAGUCUAUCUUGGUAAAAAGGUUAAAGCUGCACUAAUCAAUAUUUUUAUAUUAAAAAUGAAUGAAAUGACAAUGUGAACGGAGUCGCUCGUAGAAAUAAACCAAUAGAGCAUUAUCACCUUAGCUCUAUGGAGCUUUUUAGCGUCUUUUAACUCAUUGUUUUGAUCUUACAGCCCACAGUUUUACUGUUUUGUUUCACUGUCAUCCCCAUUUUCAGUCACAGCAGGCAGCAGUUUUCAGCGAUAAAUCUCUAAUGAACCCACUCGAAGCUUCCUGUCCAAUACCAAAUGGCAGACAGUCAAGUUAGGGACUAUUUAGCAGCUAAAGAGACAGAUAUUUGUAUGAAAAAAUUACUUUAAUUUACAAAAUUCAUACUGAUGUUUAGUGCAGUGAACUGUUAGACGCACCGGCCACAUUGUGUAGCGUUGCAUCAUUUGAUACCCAGUCGAUGGACUUGCCAUACAGACAGACGUAGUAAA